AUGGCCUUGCGUGGAGAUGAGCCUGAGAUUAUGAACUUAAGAGAAUGGGAUCGAAGAUCUCGAUUAAUCCGCGAAAACCCGACUUCUAGAAGGUUCUCUGCUUCAUACAUUGGAAGCUUCCGAGAAGAUCAUCACAAGUCUUCUUUUAGAACAAACUUGAACAACAUCUCUAGUACUGCCUCUUCUCCUGGCUACACUCUCAAAGAAGAGAUUGACCCAUCAACAUAUUCCUUCACCAAUGCACUCAAGGCGUUACAAGCAAAGACAAUGUACAAUAACAGAGAAUGGUUAACACAAGAAGGGUUUGCUUUGAAUUCGAAGUGGAACGAAGCAGAGAAAUAUAUCUGUAAUCCAUUGUCUGGACAAGUUCCAAUGGAGUGUUUGUCUUAUAAAACAUUAAGUGCAAGAUCUUUCAGAAACUUAUCCACCAUGUCUGCUCCUCUUCAUCAGUUCCCUAAUCCAUUGAUGAAUAUUGGUCAAAACAAACCCAGUAAUAAUCCUAGUGUUAGAGUCAUUCACGAGGAUCUUUAUGCUCCUGAUCCUGUUCUUGUUCAAGCAGAGAAGAAAGUUGUGGGGCUGAAAAGAGAUGUGGGUAUUCAGAGUACGUCGGUGGAUCUUAGCUCCGGUAGCCCAAGUCCGGCAAAGACGCCUCCGAUCAUGGAACGGUCGCUGAAACGACACGUGGAAGAUAAUGAUUCGCAGGUGGAUUUCAAUCUCAAAUUGGAAGGUCAACAAGAGGUAUAUUAA